AAGCAGGUCGCAUAGCGUUCAUGCUAGUGUAUGCCACGUCGAUGGAUGCCAUUUGAGUAGUGUAUUGCAUUGUAUGCACGACACAAAGUGGUGGGACGUUUUUAAGUGUUAUCAUGGAAACGGGGAGCCAUGCUAAGUUUCCUAUUGCGUGCGUCGAAGAGAGCAAAUAUUCAAACGAGCCACAUCUGGAUGCAAGCCAGAACAAAACAUUUCUUACUGACCAGCAUAAAACAUGCAUUGACGGCUGUACAACAACGGCGAUUCCAUCUGCAUGUCCAACCGAAAUGGUUUCAAGAGAUUACACUUCUUACUGCGAUUUGUGCAAAGUCGAUGAGCUUCAAGUAGAAGCUGUUGGAUUUUGUAUCAACUGUACCGAUUUCCUGUGUCGAAACUGUUUAUUAAACCACACCAAGAUAAAGGUAACGCGUUCUCACACAAUUUUACAAGGAGAAAACCUUCCGACUGAUCCUGAACCAAUAAUAGCAUUGCGUAAACUGGUGAAAUGUGAUAUACAUCCUGAAUACCGGUAUGAUAUUAAAUUUGUAUGUGCUGAACAUUCGACUACUAUCUGCGCAAUGUGCCUCACAGACAAACAUCGAAUGUGUACUUUCCAGAAAAUCAGUGAAUUAAAAGAAGAGUAUCGAAGGAAAGAAGCGACGGUAAAAGCCAACCUACUAGACGUUCAUCAACGCAUAGAGGAGUUUAAAUUAAAUCGAGACAAAUAUAUCGGUACAAUUGAAGCUCAGCAAAAGCAAGUUAUUUCGGAAGCACAAGGCAUUGCACAACAGCUUAUUGAAAAGAUCGUAACGCUCACUACAAAAGUGGAAGAUACUGUAAAUGGGCACUUGGAUAAAGAAAUCAGUACCACCAAAGAAAGUCUACGUGAUGCAGAUAAGUUGUUCCAGGAAAUUAAAAAAAUCACAGACUUAUUUGAAGCGGCCCAGCAGUAUGGUAAUUCAGAAGAGUGCGUCCUUGCGUCACGUUAUAUUGACCAUAAGGUCAAGGAAAUCUUUCGAAAAAUAAGUUUGUUGGAAAGUCACGAGGAUAAACACAUUUCGUUAGAGAAAAAUGUACAAUUACAUAAGUUAGAUACUAUUUGUUAUGUAACGCUUUUAGGAACAAAUCAGCAAUCAGGAAAAGAAAAUGCGCGUGAUGAAGUCAUGAAACAGCUUCAAAUGAAUGAACGAGAUGACAGCAAACUUAACAUUACAACGCGCGAGUGCGGGACAUCAUGCGAUCUUUCUGUAUUGAAGUGCAAUAAGGAAGUACAAACCGUUGACGCAGAUGCGCAAUCUACUUCAGAAGAGAUGCUCGUAAAAUCGUCUGACCAAUCAAAUCCGCCUUUAAUUAAGAGACCUUAUAUCGAUCGGACUGUUUUGCCAAAUGCAUGUACAUGUAAAAUAAGUUCCACUAACGAUUCGUUGAAUUGUUUUGUAACUGCUAUCGUUACCCUUCAUAACGGGAAGACGUUGAUAGCUGAUCGGAAUAACAAAAAGAUAAAACUUUUGUCAAACGACUUUGUUGUUUUGGAGGAAUAUUCUCUCUCUCUGGGUGUCCGAUCGAUAUGUGUGUUGCUGAUCAGCACGUAUACGUAUGUUGCUUGAAUGAAAGGAAAUUAUUACGCUUUAUGAUAAGCGGGGAUGGAAGGUUGAUUCAGGCGAGCGGAUAUGCAACUCUUUAUUGGCCUGUGAGCCUGUCUUCAUUUGAUGACAAAGGGUCAUUGAAAAGCGCGGGUGAAUGAACGUCGAAUAAUAACGAGUGGAAGUAAGAAACAUAUAUCCUUCGAGUACUGUCUACCAAAUGAUACUGUCUACCAAUGUCAUCCCAAACAUGCCAUAUAUCUGCUGUUUUAAUUCUUAUUGUUGGUUUGAGUGUAUACAAAAUUUUUGAAUUUGUACAUUUUGGUUUAAGUACCACAUAAUUGCAUUCCUAUGGAAAGUAUGUUUAGAUUUGUUUUAAUACAAAAUAUGACGUAAUGGAAAAAUAUAUACACAUUUAUAUGUUUUUGGAAAGAUUGAGUAAGAAGAUUUUACUUUUGGUUCAAAUUUUUCGCCUUAACUGCAUACGCUAGUCACGUUACAAAUCGGUGCGCAUGAAAGAUGAAGGCUGUAGCUAUAUAUUUCGAAAUUUUCACAAGUUACUGGCUUAAACUUUGUACAUACCAAUGGACAUUUUUGUUAAAUUUA